AUGUUGCGCGGCGGCCCUUUGACCUGGGCCCCCAUGCCCCAGCCGACAUGGCCAAAGAAGCUGUUCCGCAGUUGCGCUGCGACAGCUGCCGUGAUGGUUCUGGGCUCGCUUGCGAGUAGGACUUUUUCUCUGCUGAAUGUUGGAAGUGUUGAAAAGUCGGCCUUGGGAAGCCGCACCCCCGAGGUGUCUCAAUUAUAUGGCGGGCGAUCGGCUCCACCUGAGGCCACCUUUGCUUCAGGCGCUCCGCUUGUGACAUUCGGAGUUGCGGCUCUCAACGGCGCCGCCUUUGUGCUGACACGCACGAACAGAGGGCACACGUCAGGGCCGCCUGCCACCAUCAGGGCAGCGGAAGAAGUUGAAACGCCCAGCCCGCCUCCGAAACCGAAGAAGGUGCGGAUCACUGCUUUUGAUGCCAUUCGUUUUUUCUUGAUUGCAUACAUUGUGUGCGGACAUUUCAUUUCUUUCGCCGCGCCAAGCCCCUUUGCAUUCAAAGCCAUCUCACAAAUCAACGUUGUUGUCGGGGCGUUCUUUGCAUUGAGCGGCUACGUGGCAGCAUAUACAACAACGGAAAAUGCCGAGCGAGCUGCGAGCCCCAAACUGCUGGACACGCCUUCUCCGAAAUGGAUUCUCCAACGCGUUUUUGGCUACUUUCCACUGCACCUUCUAGUCCUCCUGCUAUUCUCGCCGGCGUUCUUGUACGCAGACGUCAACUUCAACGGGUGGCCUACAGCCAUCUGGCAUGGAUUUCUCUCGGCAGGGAUGCUGCAAGCCUGGUUUCCCAUGCAUGCAGAGGUGUGGAACGCCCCAACAUGGUUUCUGUCUGCUUUGACCUUUGCUACUGCCAUGCUACCGUUCGCAUUGCCCAUUUUGGCAAAGCAGAGCAAAGCCGAGCUUCGCCGCACGGGCCUGUUCAUUUUUAUGAUCGGUCUACUGCCGAAGCUGGGCUACUGCUAUGAUCACCAGGCGUGGGGAAUGCUUGAGGGAGCUAUGGCCCCAAAGGCUCUUCCGAACCUUGCCAUGUUCAACAUGCAGCGAUUCAACCCAUUCUUUGCCUUGAUCGAGGCAGGACACUUGAUCUUCCGGUUUCACAAAGCCAUUCUCACGAGCAGCUCUGAGCAACUCAUUCAGGCACCGAAGACCAACAUCGCCAGCACUGAUCAAGCCGGGGCCAGUGAUUGUUCAAAGCGCUUCCUGAUGCAUGAGAACGAGAAGUUUAACCGAUGGGCUCCUUUGGUUCCCGGUAUGGAAGCUUGGCAAGCCCCCCAAGCUCCACAACUAGGCAGACCGAGCGAUUUCACAGCCAAGUCGCUUGAGGCUGUUGCAUUGGCAGCUGCCGCAGACACCACAGCUCGGAUUCGUGCUGCCAGUAACUGCUCUACGCGAACUCCAAGUGGUGUGGGACGGCGAUCCGUCUCAGCUGUUGACGACAGCUCACCAGACAAGACCAUUCGGUACGGUGCUCCUCUGGUUGCUGCCGUGCCAGUGACUCCGCUUUGGCACUGGCAAGCUUUGCCCCUCCUACCGCAGGCGGGUGGCGAAGCAUCGCCUCUGCGGGAUCAGGAGCACCGGCAGGGGCGCGACUUUCGGGCCGAACGUGAGGAGACAGAGACUCUGCGCAAGCACAAGGAGGAUUUGCAGUUUGAGUUGGCAGAUGUGAGGAAGCGGCUCGGUCAGAUGCAAGACCUUUGCGGCGAGCUGCAACAAGACAACGCUCACUUGAAGAAGGCGCUGGCCGAACGUGAACAAGGUGAGGCCUCCUUGAGGUCCAUCCUUCAAGAUGAGCGGCAAAGAAGCCAGGAAGUGACAAGGAUGAGCCAACAGGUCCGGCAAGAGAUGGAACAGCUCAAGGGUAGGUUCAGUGCUGACCUCCAGCGUUUGGAAGACUUGUGCAAGCAGCUCGAAAUGGACAAGGCACAACUCAAGAAGGCAUUGCACCAGCGAGAGCAAGGUGAGAAGUCACUUCGCUCCCGAAUUGAGGAAGAGCAGCAUACCCGCCAAGACAUGCUCAAGGAAAGGGACAGCUUGAAGCUAGAGCUCCGUAAGAUGCAGCAGCUCCAAGAGAAAGCUGGGGAGCUCGCGACGCUUGUGAGUUCAAGACGGUCAUCUUCGACUUCGUCAGGUUCUGCGAUGAUUGAGGUGGAUUUGACCGGGGAGCUGAUCGAGUACGCAUACGUGAAAGUCCUGUCUAGCAAGCCAUUGGUGACACUGGGCAACCUCGCAUUUCCCAUCUUUGUGGUGCACGGACCACUGGGCCAGCUCUUCUACAAGAAGGUGAUUGCAAAGAAGCUGUUUGGCGGCACCAUGUUGGCCAUCGUCGGGCCACAUUUCUUCUACGCGUUCUUGGGCAUCGUUCUUGUUUCUGCAUGGGUUCUGCAAAAGACGUUCCUUUCCAACAAGCAGGUCGGCUCAAUGUCGAGAAACGUUGUGGACAAGGUCUCCGCGUGGUUCAAAUGA